AUCGCGCGCUUUGUGAAACGGCGUUGCACUUCUCACCAACACGCUCUCCACUCGGCACAACCCUCGCAGCUUCACCGCAACUGCACACCGACGCCCUCGAAUUCUCCCCCGCCCACCCUCCGCGCCCACCAGACCGAAUGCGACGAUUACCGCCUUGAAGCGCCGUUGGUGAGCCACACAGCUCCAGCGCAGUUCCAGACAUGGGGGUCUCCAUCAUAGACGCCCAGCGCGAGAUCAUUCUCAAUGUCAUCCGACAAGUCACCCGCGACGACUGGAAGGUGCUCGUGCUCGACCCACAGUCGCGGAAGCUGAUCGACAAUGUGGUCGACCAAGAUGUUAUCCUCAACGAGAAUAUUAUGAGCAUCGAGCUGAUCACUGAUCGACGAGCUACGAACCGCGACGCCGAUGCCAUAUACCUCAUUACACCUCAACCAUGGAUCGUGGAUUGUGUCAUGGCAGACUUCGAAAAACGGAAAUACAGGAGGUCGCAUUUGGUGUGGACGAGCCUGCUACCACCUGCACUAAGAGAACGAAUCGACAAGUCGCCGCUUCGGGACCAGAUUGCACUCUUCAAAGUGUUGAAUGUAGAAUUCUUCCCGAGAGAAUCACAUCUGAUCACUUUCCGAGAUCCGUGGAGCUUUCCCAUACUUUACCACCCGGCAUGCAACAAUCUCGUCAGACAACAUUUGGAAGAUCUGGCUCAGAAGGUUGUCGGAGUGUGCGUGGCCCUCGGAGAAUAUCCCACGAUACGAUACUAUCGACCACGAACGCCUACGCAUGAGGCGAGCAUUCUGUGCUCACACCUGGCAAGAUUUGUGCAAGACGAGCUCGAUCUAUAUGCGAAAUUUCACGACGAUUUUCCCCCUGCAACCACGAGACCACGAGGAGUCCUAUAUAUUGUCGAUCGAUCGAUGGACCUCUAUGCACCAAUACUGCACGAGUUCACAUAUCAAGCGAUGGCACACGAUCUAUUACCGAUCAAAGAGGGUGACAAAGUUACUUACCGCAUGCUGGUCAACGAAGGUCAGCCUGACCAGGCAGAUAAGGACGUUGAGAUUUCAGAAAAGGAUAAGAUCUGGGCGGAGAACAGGCACCGCCAUAUGGUCCACGUGAUAGGGAAACUCGAAUCUGAUUUCAAGACGUUCCUCAAGAACAACGCCAACUUCACCAACAAGGAAGCGGAAGGCGUCCACUUGAACACGAUCAAGGACAUGAUGGCAGGGUUGCCAGAAUUUACACAGAUGAAAGAAGCAUAUUCAUUACAUCUUGGUAUGGCGAACGAGAGCAUGAACCGGUUCCAGAGGCAAAGCCUACCCGAUGUGGCGUCAGUAGAACAGAUACUUGCGACUGGCCUCGACGAGGAGUAUAAGAAACCCAAGGGAGUCGCAGCGCAAGUGGUCGCUACUCUGGAUCAAGAAGGCGUCAUACCCCCAGAUCGACUGCGUCUGCUGAUGCUCUUCAUAUUAUGGAAAGAUGGUCUUGUCCCAGCCGACCUUUCAAAGUUACUCGCACAUGCACAACUACCGCCGCAAGAUGGUGAGGCCAUACACAACCUUGAAGUGCUGGGAGCGCGGACGACACGAAACCUGAAAGAUUCCCGACCUAUACCACAACCCCUGUUCCCGCUUAAGCCGCCGCCGAUGACAGUUCAGGAGGAAUAUGCGCUCAGUAGAUAUGAGCCAGUGCUCCAAAAUCUGCUCGAGGCACAUGCAGCCAACAACCUCGAUGCAACAGUAUUCCCUUACACCAAGCCGCCGCUCGAUAUGAACGAUGGGAUGCAGCAACAGCAAGCGGCCGCGUCACUACGAUCUGCCAAGCCUACAUGGGCAAAGACGCGGACAGCCAACGCGGGGCAAGAGAACCGACAACGAGUGAUAGUAUUCAUGGCGGGAGGUGCAACCUAUUCAGAAGCACGCGCAUGCUACGAAGUGGGAAGACAAACGGGAAGAGAAACCUUCCUCGUCACAUCACACAUGCUCACGCCGAGUUUAUUUGUCCGGCAAUUGGGCGAUUUGUCCGCUGACAAGAGGCGGCUCAACAUUCCAGCGGAGAUGCCCAAACCUCAGGCACCGCGACACUUGUUUGAGCCUGAUGAACAGCCGAAGCCCAAGCCUGCCCCUGCGCCCGUACCACAAGCGGCACAGAGACCGCCGAAUGCGCAACCGCCGACACAGCAGAUGGGCGCUAUCAAUCUGAAUGGAGGAAGACCGAAUGGGAGUGCGCCUAGUGCGCCAGCAGCAGGAACACCAGCGAAGCUUCACAAAGACAAAGACUCUGAGAAGAAAGAAAAGAAGAAGCAUCAUUUUGGUUUUGGCAGGAGCAAAGACAAGUGAGCAAGCGACGUGGCAUUUGCAGUGGUGAAGCACGAAAAGCACAGGAAUGAAGUCAAAAUUCUGAGCUUCUUCCCAACUAGUGUCACGCAUAUACCCACUCAAUCGAGCAAGCAGCUCUGACGGCACUGUGGCGGCUCUCAGCUCAGAAGAUACAAGAUAGUAAUCGGAUGUCGAAAAGAAUGUGUCUACAUUUUC